AUGAAUGGGGGUGAAGGCAUCCCUAUGCACCGACCGUUCCAUGAUAAUGUGAAAGACGUGCUGGGUACGAAGUGUGAUAUCCUGGUAGAGCCAGAGGCCCGGGAAUUUGGCAUUGCAUCCGGCUGGUUCUCGUACAGGAGUGUUCUUUUUGAAGCGGCUAUGGUCCGUGCGCGACAGGGUAUGAUGAAUGUACGUACAACUGUACAAGUCUUGAUAGUGAAACGCAUUGGAACUUUUUCGUCGCUUGACUUUCCACGUUUCCUGUUUUGUGGUCUGAUGACGCGUCUGACACUUGAAGCUUCCAAAUUUCCAAAAGCAGAUGCAGAUCUGUUUACGGAACACAGCGAAAGCGUUGAAGUUGUGGACCGCACGAACGGAUAUAUUGAUCAGCUUCGUGUUUCGGCAAUGUUGGUUGAGAUUGAGAAGGGGAGAGAGGGAGAGAUGUUGACUUCCAGCUUCGGCAAGACUUACCGUGAGAUGGCGGCGCUGGGGGGCCUGGCAUUAUUGGAGCUACGCUGGGAUCGAGACACGGUGAUCGACCCGUCCGUGUUCUUAUCAUCAGGCUAUCAGGCUGUCAGGCUGCCGCGGGGAUGGGAUUACGGCAAGAUGCAUUCGAGCACGAGGAGGGGUGGCAUGAUUCACAGGCCCCGGCGGCGGAAUCAUUGGUCUGAUAGACGCGUCAAAGCUAUAUAUUCAUCGCCUUUGCAUUUGUUGGAUACCAUAGGAUUUGCGUAUGCAAUGAGUGGUGCGUCAGUUCAUAUCCUCUUUGUGAGACAGCAGCGCCACGACUCUGGGAAGCCCGAGGUGGCAUUCUUUCCACUCACCACAGCAGCAGAUGGGUUUCAUGCGGUCUUCGGCCGCGCCGACACUAUUGUUGCAGUGAACAAGUUCGUCCAAACUGAAAUCGGCAUCCCAAAUAUAUGUGGCUUGCUUCACAGCAGCGGUCCGUUGCUACACGGUGAUAGUAGGUUAUGGACUUUCUCAGAUGCACACGGUACAGGAAUGCCAAAAUAUAGUGAAGCUGGCCUUCCUCUUGGCAGCAGCGACAAGUUGAGCUAUUUUGAAGUGCCUCUAGGGGAAGUAGAUAUCGAUGCAGACACAGCAUUCCCCUUGUUGAUCAAGCUUCAAAGUUUCUCGAAGAUGACGCCAAGAAGUUUUCAUACGCUCAGACCCGCUGUCGGCGUAUUUCCAGACCAGAUUUCUCCUAGGUUUUUGAUUGUAUUGGUACAGCUCCACUUGCGCGCAUCUCACGAGAUUUUGAUUCGCGACUCGCAUAGCGUGUCACCACGUUCCGCAGUAUGUAAGGGCAGGGCGGAGCAGCGUACAACUGCGCGAGACAUCCUGAAGUCAGGUUUUUUCAACGACCACCUCAUCCACCAUGCAAGCCCCCAGCCCUCCGUCGAGCGCGAGCGUCAAGGACAACAUGGUAGCGAGGCAAGAAGGGUGUCUGAAGUACGGCUGAUCGGCGCAUCUUCCCUGCAACGGGCGAUCCGUUCAGGGCAGGUGCUGUGCUGGAUCUCUGAUACGAAAACACGGAUGACAGUGAUAUGGUCAGAGCACGCAACGAUCGCUCGCGGUCUUGCGCACAGCUUUACUAUGACACGACCUCGCAGCCGCCAUGGUUCCAUUGGGGGCCAGAAUGAGUGCAUGGAUUCCUGGGAGCUUGUCUAUCCAAUCUGCUUUAGCUUUUCUAUUGAGAGAGGCUGUUGUUGGACAAAGCUGGCCCAAUAUAAUCAGGCAUGGCAUCGCUUAUCUGGUAUCGUAUGGUCAAUAAUGCAAGGCGCGCUUCCCGUCGGCACUGCAGCGCGGCCGCACCUCUCAGCGGCGCACCCCGGAGAGCGACGCUUAGCUUUGGUGAGGGCGCGGGCGCGGGCGCGAGACGAGCCACUUGGGAGCUCGUGCAGACUGCAGACAGCUGGAUGGAAAUGUGCAGUGGAAGAAGCGUGGGUGGUAUUGACCCGCGAUGCCGCUGCCGUUGUGUGCGUGGCUACCAAUGUCCGCUCAGCACCCAGCGCCAGCGCGACCUGUGCUGUCCACAUGGACGUGAUGCCCACCACCGCUUCGUCUCGCGGGCUGUGCUGUAGAAUAUUCCCUGUUGCCAAGCACCUCCGCCAGCUGCAACUUGCAAGCUAUAUCCACAUCAAUGGAGCCACUAGCCCUGCGCCCCCUUCCUUCCCUGCAGAACGACGUCCUGACCUGCGUUUCAGCAAUCGCAAGGGUCGCCGAGAUCCAGAUCUUUUCCUCUCAACAUCACUUCUUGACUCCAAACCACGCUUCACCAUCCUGCCCCUAAUUCUCAUUUCGUACAGCAUUCACGGUCUGCAGCCAGCCUGUCACAUGGGCUCGCUUUCAAAUUUGUUUGCAACAGCACAUGCUCGCUCCGGCAAUCAAUGUCUUUGCCUUCCCACCCGCGAACUUAUCCGAACAUCGACAUCAACCACCAGCGGACUCGGCAAGGUUACUGCACACUACAAUUCCCCUGCACGUACAGAUAGACUUCCCAAGGUCCGAGUCAUGGCCGACCCUCGCCAGCAGCCACGUCCGGCAUAUUUCAGCAGGAAGAUCUCCAGCUACUUCUUUCCGCAAGUCGCUCGCGAUGGAGAAGGCCUUGUUGCAAGGCCAGAUCCACCCACUGAACGCACUCCCUUGCUCGAGCCACCCACCAGCAUACCCACUAUCACAAUCUCAACUUCUGACAACAGCGACAACAGGCCGCUGUCGCACUCGAUUGCGGAUGCGAGUAUCCACAGACCGCAUCUCCUUCGCGCAGCUACCACCGUAGCUGCCGUACACACCGAAGUCGCAUCGACUGUCGCACCCACAUUUCCCACUCGCCCAGAGUUGGGCAGAGCCAAGACCACCACGACUGCUUUCUUGGAUCAACACACUGCUAUGGCCGGCAUCUCCAGUAUGGACAGAAACAACCCAUCACUCUUCCGCCGCGCCACCCAAGCCAUUACCCAAACACUCGACCUUACCGACCAAAGAGCUCAUCGGAACGCGCCAAAAGCGCCAUCAAACUGGAAUGACCACGCCCAUCGACGUUACCUCGUGAAGAUCUGGGACAGCGUUAACGACGUCACGGCCAACUCUUCAAAAUAUCCCAAGUCAAUCACCGCUCAGCUGCGUGGGAACUCAGCUAGACCAGAUGCCCGUGAGUUCAUCGAGUACGUCUUGGGAGUGGCACUUCGCCACCCAUUCUGCACGCAGGAGAAGAUGGGUCGCUGGGAGGUCCUCGCUUCUAGUGGUUCGCAAAGGAUGAACUGGGGUCCUUGCUGGCUGAAAAAGAACCGCUGCUCUUGGCGCUCAACAAGGCUACUUAUUAGUGAUUUCAACAUCGGCAUCAGCAAGCAGCCAGCAAGCAAGCGCCUUUUCUCUCUGAAUUCCUCUUUGCAUGGCGAUAGAAGGAGCAUUGAGCAUGAAUGGCAUGACGGACGAUAUGCAAUUUUUGGUCCUAGGAUGAAUCUCUGGCAUGAAUUUUAA